UGCAGUCAUUUAUUGCUGAGCUUGGUCCUGACCAGACGCGCUUUUGUCUCUGGUUCGUGCGCGCUCCCGACCUCCGCGUCUCCGCGUCCUCGUGCUGCCGGUAUUUGGCUUGUCUCCGGCAGGGUGUGUAGUGCAGGUGAAAUCCUAGCGCCUGUGUGUAAAGGACAGAGGACAACCAGAAGACAGCUUUGUGCGAAUCGGCCUGAGGGAUUACCAAUUGAAGAACACCAAAGAGAUCCUCUCCCUGUGGGUGUGUGUAUUUGUUUCUUUCAAGAUUUGUAUGGUCAGACAGAAACCAUCUACCUCCAGCACCUCCAACAAAGAAACAUCAUCAGUAUCUACUGUGCCAGGCCUGCUGAGUCCGGUGUUCUUUUUUCCCCCGACGCUUCCCUCGGACCUCUUGACACCCUCUGCAAACGCUGGCACGAGAGCACUUUAGGACUGCUAAUCAUGAGUGAAUUCUGGUUGUGCUUCAACUGCUGUAUUGCUGAGCAGCCACAGCCGAAGCGACGGAGGCGCAUUGACAGGAGUAUGAUCGGUGAGCCUACAAACUUUGUCCACACAGCCCACGUGGGAUCUGGAGAUCUGUUCAGCGGCAUGGACUCUGUGAACUCAAUUCAGAACCAAAUGCAGUCAAAGGGGGGAUACGGGGGUGAGACGAUGCCCAUCAAUGUGCAAAUGCAACUGGUAGACACAAAGGCAGGAUAAUCUCUUACUUGAGAAGGCUUCCACUGCAUCAGUGAAACCCAUUCCGACACUUUCCAUAGCCUCUUAGAAACCCUCUGUUCUCGCCAAGCAAACUCACGGACCAUCAUGCACUUCAUGGGAAUGAGGACGCCCUGUUCAUGGCUGUCAGUAUCCUCACCACCCUCAUAAUGGACGCUUGCAUGCCUUGUCAUCGACCGUCUAGCAGUGCAUGGUGUAACCUGGCCUAUUUGUUUGUGGUUUGAACAGCUCAUUUUCUCAGCACUCAUACAUGAAGGUCUGGAACCUCCAAGUACAAACUUUUUGUAGUUUUUUUUAUUUUAUUUCCUUGUUUCCUUCACGGACUUCAUUCAGUAUAAAAAUCUGGCGUGCAACACGCCAGCAACGCUCACGUAAAUUGUUGCUAGCUCUGGCCGUGAAAUGCCAAAAUGCUCGUUUCGAUGGGAUAAUGACUCACCUCUGAACAGAAGUACCUUUUUUUUUUGACUGAGACUCAAAUGAAUGCUGUUUUUGUAAGAAGUGAUUGUUCUUUUGCUGUUUACGUCGCUGUCUCGGAUCACGUUUCUUGUAUAUAUAAUUUUCGUUGUAGUAAAAUAUUAUUAGAUCGACAUGACUGAUGCUGAAAUGCAAAACUGACAAUUCUCUCACCACACUGAUGUAAAAGUUUGUGUCAUCCAGUUUAUAUGAAGAUGCUCAAGCUGUAGUUGUUUAAUGUACAGUCAAUGUGGAAGAGCGACAGUGUCCUCAGUGUCCCAAUGCUUUAAACUGGUAUGGCAAUGUAUAUAUAUAUAUAUAUAUAUAUAUAUAUAUAUAUAUAUAUAUGCAUACACAAGGUGGUAUCAAAAACCUUCGAGACGAGCUUUGUUCACAAGUAAGUACUUUAUCUACAUUUACACACUAUCACCUUCAAAACAGUCCCCUUACACAGCAAUACAGAGCUCCCAGAGUUCCUCCCACUUCUGGAAUGUAUCCUGGAAGUCAUUCAAUCGUCUCAAGCACCUUCUGCGAUUCGUGCUGGAUCUCCGCACUGGUGUCGAACUUUGAGAUGGGAAGAGGGCGAAGUCUGCAGGAGCCAAAUCUGGUAAACAGGGUGUUGUUUUUCCGGCGAGAAACUCACGUGUGAGGAGGAGAUCGGUGACAUGGUGUGAUGUGGUCGGAACUGCAGACGUGUUAAUGCAGUUGGUCAGAAUAGCACCAGUUGCACAGUUCCUGAUGGACAGGACGAUGUCUUUUCACACACUGACUUCGGUGCUCCCUGUGAUUGUGUGUGCAGGCCAUCUGUUAGUGUGUUACAAAACGAGUCUUUAAACUUGAACUUUUUGAUACCACCGUAUCAUAUAUAUAUAUAUAUAUAUAUAUAUAUAUAUAUAUAUAUAUAUAUAUAUAUAUAUAUAAUGUAUGAUUGUGGAAGAUUUUGAAAUGAAAGCGAAUUUGCUCUCUCUGUUUUAUUUGCAGUCUAAUGGGAAAUAUAAUAUCUGCUCAGAAAAUGGUGUUAAUACUUUCAACCAUUCCUUUCAAUUGGGUUGAGAGACUAAUGUUUGGAAAUGUCUAUAAAAGUACAUACGUUGUUUUAAAUUGCACUAAUUUUUUCCAAAUGCAUAAAGAACAACCAAAAUUCAGAGAAAUGAUGAAAAUGGGAAAAUGCAGCUUAUCGUAAUACAGUCAAUGACUUCUAGCAGUCAUAUUGCUCAGGAUCCUCAUAUUAACCCGUAUAUUGAAAUUGAUCAAAUUUAGAAUAAAAGAUAACACAAUAUUUAUGAAUUUGUAAAUCAGAAUCUCAGUCUGGAGUGAUGUACUGGAUUUCAGCACCAGGCCCAUGAUAGAUCAAUGAUGGCUAUGGUAAAUGAUAAGGUGGCCAUGCAGAAUAAGGUGUGAACUCACAUAUGGAAUGUCCAGUUGUUGUUUUCUCAAAGUGCUUUCCUGUUUGUGUGUAUAUACUGUGUCUUUUGUGUGUCACUACCUGAACUAUGCUAAUUUAUUUUUCCUAAUUCCUAAAAAUUUUUGUGUGAACAAAUCAACCAUCAUCACCAAAACCCCGCCUAGCAUUUUAACGUCAUGCCUUAUAAAUAUAUUUUAUUAUUGUGUUGUCAAAAUGAUGAAUUUUUGCCAGAAUUUGUUUAAAGUUUGACAGAGUGAAAAAGUUUCCCCGGUGCUCUAAAAAAAAAAAAGGUUACAGAAUUAACGGACACAUGAGAUUUAUCCGAAUCAGGAGAAAAUGUUGCUGGAUGUGAACGAUGAUGAGAUAAGAUCUUGUGUGAAUCCAUGAACCAGUAGAAAAAACAUGGCGCUUUGGUCUCUGGUUGGCAAAAACCCACAAAGUUUUACUUUUUACUAAAAGUUUCUUGUUGUAACUGUUGGCUACAGUGGUGUUCCUGGCAUGCAUUAGAACUGCAUUGUCCCUCAGCCUUUAUUCAACACAGAUGGAUUUCAUCAUCAGGGAUUUCUAAAAGCUAUUCAGAUGCCAGAGCACAUUUUUAUACAUUUAACGCUUGUUAUGUCACAUUCAAUGUCGGCUUGUACAUUACCGAAUGUGUUCACUUGAAAUAAAUUUUUUUUCCAUGUUA